AUGCAUUUGCGACUCUUUGCCAUUGUGAUGUCCUUGCUAUGUGAGGUGAUCAAAAUGGGGUCUGGCGUCAUGCAGAAGCAAAGUGCUCAAAGAGAGACAUCAGACGACUGUCGGAGUUGUCUGGAGUGUUCCCGCGACAACGGCUGUGUGCGUUGCCCUGAGCGACUCUUCCUGUUCCUGCAGAGGGAGGGGAUGUCUCACCAUGGAACUUGUCUCCACGCCUGCCCCGCUGGACACUACGGACAGAGAGGGAAGGACAUCAACCGCUGCAUGAAGUGUCGCUCUUUGGACUGUGAGCAUUGCUUCAGCCGGGACUUCUGCACCAAAUGUAAGCCCGGCUUCCAGCUAUACAAAGGCAAGUGUCUGACCCGCUGCCCAGCAGGAACCUUCGCCCAUCAGACAGACUGCCUCGAGGACUGUCUCCUGGCUCCAUUGGGAGAGUGGAGCGAGUGGAGCGUCUGUCUCCGUAAUGGCGUCACCUGUGGCUUCAGAUGGGGCAGGCAGACUAGGACCCGGGGGGGCGGGCAGUCCGGGAGAACUCCUGAAGAGAAAGCAGCAUCACUUUGUCCAUCCCACAGUGAGACGCAGCGGUGCAGGAUGAAGAAAAAGUGCCCUACAGAAAGAAGAAAGAAUAAAAAAGGAGGACUUGGAAGGAAGAGGGAGAGAAAACGACAAUGGCUGCUGGCCAACGACAACGCUGGCAACUCGGCCAACGGAACAACAGACGGCGCCGGAGAGCACGAGGAUCCCCAAGGAUGAGACGGCCGCACAGCUCACCACCGCACCUGACACAUGUUGGAAUAUCAGUCAGCUGACGUCAGCAGGAGCUUUGUAAUCUGAGAGACAACUCAUUGUUUAUUUUGUUUCCAAUCAGACUGUGCAAUCUUUAUUAAAACGCGCUGCCAUUCAUUACAAUCUUGUUUACAGGGAAAAUAAACAAAUAAGUCGAUAUUAUGACUAAGAAAUUCUUACAAUGUGAUGCAUGUGACCAAUGAGUCAAAUUUCCCCACCCAAGAAAUGUUGGCAGUUGCCAAUAAAACAACUGUCCCUUCAUGAAUAAAUCCAGCAUUUAUCUAGAACAGUGAUACUGAAUUUACGGCUCGCAAGCCAAAUCUGGCCCCCGACAGGAUGCCGGGUGGUCCCCUAAACAUUUUCUAACGCACAAUAAAAAUAAUAUGAUUCAACUAUUUGUGUACUUUUAGU